CAACAACACAACACCCGUCGCACUCCACUAUGGCAAAGGCUCGUGUGUCGCUGCAGCGCCAGGCAGAGCAGAUUGACGUGUAUGAGGACGACCAGAAAGAGGAGGAAGUCAACUCAGAAUUAGGGGAAAGCAUGGAUCCUCUCGAUGAAAGUGAGCACACAGUCGACAGCAGUGACGAAGAAGUCGAAGAUGCUGUCGCCGAAGACAUGUCACGCUUCGAAGAGACGUUUGUCGGCAUCAACAAGCGGUUUCGAUUGAUUAACCGCAUCGGUGAAGGGACGUUCUCAACUGUCUACAAGGCUGAAGAUCUAGAGUACAACAAAUACGACAACAACUGGGACAUCGAGGAGCGCGAGAACAAGAAGUGGUCCUCGCCUGGACACCGUAAACAAUCAAAACGACCCCACUAUGUUGCCAUCAAGAAGAUCUAUGUCACAAGCAGUCCUAUCCGUAUCUUCAACGAGCUCGAGUUACUUUAUGAUCUAAGAGACUCAGACUCGGUGUGCCCACUCAUCACUGCCUUCCGCCAUCUGGAUCAGGUAGUUGCCGUUUUACCCUACUUUCAGCACCGCGACUUCCGAGACUACUACCGGGACAUGAAGAUCUCUGAGAUGCGUCUGUAUUUCCGGAGUAUGUUCACAGCACUUCGAGCGGUGCACCGGAAGAAGAUCAUACACCGCGAUGUCAAGCCAACCAACUUCCUGUACAACCCUGCGUUGCAGCGUGGAGUUCUAGUCGAUUUUGGUCUGGCAGAGCGCGAGGGUACAGAAUGUCACCCAUGCGCAUGCCAUCUAUCGGACGAGGAACGCCGUCACAGAGUGACCCACAGCGUGUAUGCGCAGACACAGUCGUCAGGCCACAACACGUCCAGCUACCCCAAGAACGAUACACGAAACAGCCGUCGAGCCAAUCGAGCAGGUACUCGUGGCUUCCGUGCUCCUGAAGUGCUCCUCAAAUGUACACAACAGACCUGCUCUAUCGAUAUGUGGAGUGUGGGUGUCAUCUUGUUAACGAUGCUUUCUCGCCGCUUCCCAUUCUUCCACAGCGCAGACGACAUCGAUGCUCUACUCGAGAUCACUACCAUCUUCGGUCGCAAGAAGAUGAGAGAAACCUCCCUGCUACACGGACAGGUCUUCGAGACCAAUAUCCCAAGCUACAGCGAGAGCGGCCACAGCUUGGAGAAGAUUAUCCUUUGGUGCACUGGAAGGACUGGCGACAAGACAGCGCCGAAGAAGGAGCUGGAAGAGGACGAGAAGGAGGCCGUACAGUUCCUCCACCGCUUGCUUGAGUGCAAUCCAGCCAAACGCAUCACUGCUGAUGAGGCUCUUCGACACCCCUUCAUUGCAAAAGCUCACGAGGAUAGUGAGGUGGACGAUGACAUGGUCGACCUCGUCGAAGCGUAAAAUGACCGACGACGAUGAUGCACUUACGAUAUGAUUGAAGCAUGGGAGGCGUUUAGGCACAGCAUGGUUCGCUUGAAGCAUAGUACUUGGAGUUUUUGGCCAUUUAGGGACGGCAACCUGAUGAGAU